AUGAAGAGAUCAGUCACAAAGUCCUAUGUUGAACAAAUUCAACCACCUACUUUUGGAAAAUUAGUAACAAUUCUUAGUAUUGAUGGUGGUGGUAUUAGGGGCCUUAUUCCUGCUGUAAUCAUUGAAUUCCUUGAAUCUCAACUUCAGGAAUUGGAUGGUGAAGAUGCAAGAAUUGCAGACUACUUUGAUGUGAUAUCAGGAACAAGUACAGGAGGUCUUGUAACUGCAAUGUUAGCUGCUCCAGAUGAAAACAAUCGUCCACUUUUUGCUGCCAAAGAUAUCAAACCCUUUUACCUUCAACAUUGCCCAAAAAUUUUCCCACAACAUAGAGGGCUUGGUGAGACAAUAGUAGCAAAGGUAAUGAGAUCUCUUGGAGGACCAAAAUAUGAUGGAAAAUACCUUCAUGAGGUUGUAACACAAAAACUUGGAGACAUUCGCUUGCAUGAGACCAUCACCAAAAUUGUUAUUCCUACAUUUGACAUCAAGACUUUGCAGCCAAUUAUUUUUUCAUCUUAUCAGCUUAAAAAUUCCCCUAUUUUGGAUGCUAAACUCUCAGACAUAUGUAUUAGUACCUCAGCUGCACCUACUUAUCUUCCUGCUCAUAACUUCACCAAUAAAGAUGAAGAAGCUGGAAAAGAAGAGGAGUUCAAUCUCAUUGAUGGUGGUGUUUGUGCAAAUAAUCCGGCUUUAGUUGCGGUGAAUGAAGUAACAAAGGAAAUCAUCGAUCAAAAUCCUGAUUUCUUCCCAAUCAAGCCUCUUGAAUAUGGUCGGUUUCUAAUAAUUUCAAUAGGCACAGGGACAUCAAAAAAAGAGAAAAAAAUUCAGUGCACAAAUGGCAGCCAAAUGGGGUUGAUUGGAAUGGCUAUCACAUAGUGGUUCUAAUCCGUUAAUCGAUGUUCUUACUCAAUCAAGUGGUUAUUUGGUGGAUUUUCAUUUAACAACUGUCACUCAAGCUCUUCAUUCACAAAAUAAUUAUCUCAGAA